AUGAUAACUAUUGAAUGGGAUGAUAGGAUUUUAAUGCACGACUUGCUAGCAAACCUGGGCAAGGAUAUAGUUCACAAAGAAUCCCCCAAUGAUCCUGGCCAGCGUAGUAGAUUGUGGUUUUACGAGGAUGUCAAACAAGUUCUAACAGAAAGUACAGGAACAAGAAAUAUUAAAGGCAUCAUGGUGAAGCUUCCAGCUAAGAUACCCUUUAAUCCAGAAUGCUUUCGUAAUAUGGUAAAUCUUGAAAUUUUCAUAAAUCGUAAUGCAUCUCUAUGCGAGCACAUUAACUAUCUGCCCAACGCGUUAAGAUUUAUAGAUUGGGGAACAUGUCAGUUACAAUCUUUGCCACCCAAUUUUCAAGGAAAUCGUCUUGUUGUGUUCAAUAUGCCUCACAGUGAUAUCAAACAAUUGGAGAGAUUUAAGCAUUUGCCAAACCUGACAUCCAUGAAUUUAAGUGAUUGUCAAUUCUUAGAAAAAAUUCCUGACUUAUCCGGAAUUCCGAACAUGAAGUACUUGGAUCUAAGUGCGUGUACACGUUUGGUUGAGGUAGAUGAUUCUGUUGGACUCCUUGAUAAACUUGUUGAAUUGGAUCUUGGUGGAUGCUUCAAUCUUAGAAGGUUUGCAACAGCAUUUCGAUUGAAAUCUCUUAAAAAACUUGUUCUUACGUAUUGA